AUGGUAGAGUUUGCCAUCAACAACUCGGUGCAUGCGUCCACGACACAUACACCGUUUUACGUGAAUGGCUUGCGCCAUCCGCGUGUACCCACCUUACUAGAGUGUGACUCUGGUUUAAGGGGGGGAGGGACUCGCGCGAGCAAAAACCGAUUUGGUUCACGCUCAUCACGCUCUGACGAAGAAGUCAUUGCGUUUGAUGCCGAUAUCGAUAACAUCGAUAUCGAAGAAUAUGAUGCCAGUGAGAGUGCGGAAGCCCUCACUGAAGAAUAUGAUGCCAGUGAGAGUGCGGAAGCCCUCACUGAAGAAGAUGAUGCCAGUGAGAGUGCGGAAGCCCUCACUGAAGAAAAGGUUGUUGUUGCUGCAGUGCGCUCACAGCACACUGAAGCUAACGAGUCAUCAGAUGAGUUCAUACUGGCUCGUGAAACGGUAGUCCGUUUUGUGCAAGACUCCAUCGCCGAAGCGGUGACUUAG